GUCUGGUUCCGCGUUGUGUGCUGUGGUUGUGCUUCGUCCAGUGCUUCCAGUAUGUCCGGCCGUGGGAAACAGGGAGGCAAGGUCCGAGCCAAGGCCAAGUCGCGCUCCUCGCGAGCCGGGCUGCAGUUCCCCGUGGGCCGCGUUCAUCGGCUUCUCCGCAAAGGUAACUACGCCGAGCGGGUGGGUGCUGGAGCUCCUGUCUAUAUGGCGGCUGUGUUGGAGUACCUGACGGCCGAGAUCCUGGAGCUGGCGGGCAACGCGGCCCGCGACAACAAGAAGACGCGCAUCAUCCCCCGCCACCUGCAGCUCGCCAUCCGCAACGACGAGGAGCUCAACAAGCUGCUGGGCAAGGUGACGAUCGCGCAGGGCGGCGUGCUGCCCAACAUCCAGGCCGUGCUGCUGCCCAAGAAGACUGAGAGCCACAAAGCUAAAAGCAAGUAAACUUGGCGGGCAAAGCUACUCAGACUUAACGCGACGUCAGACUUUAAACCAAAGGCUCUUUUCAGAGCCACCCACUUUUUUCAGAAAAGAGUUGUAUUGCUUUCUUUACAAAGGUGCUCUAGUGCUGAGUCUUCAAAAAUACUAACUUAAAUGAACUUUGUCGUGUUGGCAGUGUUAUAAAACCUGGUUUCUAAUGAAGAGGACUGAUACGUUUGCCUUCUAAGCCGUGUUUUUAAAUUAAUGUUAAUGUUUUUUGUAGUGAUUCACUUUUCCGUUUUUUCUAUUGUAACACAGUAAAGAACUGGUUCUUCACGGUUCUGCUUACCUUUCAUGGUUGCACAGCUUACUUUGGGUAUAGAAUACGGGAUGGUGGCUAAAGCAUAAGUGGGAGUAGCAAAAGCUAUGCAGAUAUUAUGAAGAUAAACAGUAGACCAUCCUAAACCCCAGAUGUAGCUACAUACAGUAAUGAAAAAGAUUUCAUUCCCUUUAAAGGCCUUCAUUCUUAAAAAGAUGUUGUUCCAUGUGUUAAAUUUAUGUAGAAAUAGAACGAGGAAUACCUUAGGGGAAAAAAAAGGCAUUUGAUCUAUAGCUCUAGUUUGUCAGACCUGUGCUCUAAAGCAACAGUGUAACACUUCCAUUCAGGAGCACUUUGUAGUGGUAGUAUAUUCCCAUUUUAAAUGGCAUUUUCAAACUUUCUAUUCAUAAUUCUCUCACUGUUUGUUGCUACUCUGUUACAUCAAUUAACAGCAGGCAAUUUUAUUGAGCUUUCUAUAUUGUUGGCACAAAUACCAUUCAAGAGCACAACAUUAAACGUCUUUAUAUUCAUUAUUAGAAAUAUGGAGAACUGCUGGCCGAUUGCUAGCAUAUUCCCAGAAGCCUCAUCUGAUGGUCUGUAGCACAUUGCACUGAGGUGAUUUGCCUCAUCUUUGCUGUACCUCUACUCUUUCAAUCCCCUGGAGAGAAGGAGCACUUUGGGCUUGGGUUAAGGCAAUAUUCCCACUCACCAUCCCCAAGCCAUAACUGAGAGGCUUUUCAGGCAGCAUUGUGCCAUGGCCAAAGCAGGGCAUCAGGAUUCAUUUGUGGAGAGAAACAUAAAGAGAGCUGCUGGAGCACCAGACUAAUUUGUGUCUAAAGGUUGUGUUUGCAAGUGGACACACUUAAGAUUGUAGUGAUUUUAUUAUGCUGUUUUACUGAUCAUUAUUUGCUACAGCUGAUUAUCUCCCGGCCCUUACACUUCUCUUUAAAAACUGCAAUGGUAAUUAAAAUUUUAUUUUAACGUGCAUGCGCCUUCUCUGCUUAGUUUCCUGAAGAGAUUUCUACAUAUGUGUUUGUCAGAAAAUUUCAUUCUCAAAAUGGUUUGGGUUGGAAGAGACCAUUAAAGAUCUUGUCCAAAA